AUGGCGGCACAUAUGCCAACUCUGAUUCCGGCUCUGAUUCCUGCCCGGUGUCCUCAGCCGAUCCGAAGUAUUCCAACGGGUCCAUGUCGCACCCGAUUUGGGCGACUCGAGGUCACCUGUGCGGCUUCCGGCAGCGGUCCGCCGGCCGAAAAAGGGGAGGGGAAGCCGCGCCAGGGACUCUCCCUGCCGGCGCUGUCGGAGAUACGUUGGGCGGAGCUUCUAGCGCCGUCCCCGGACAACGCCGCGGCCGUUGCGCUGACGGCCGCGCUGGUCUGGGCCAGCGCGUCGCUGCUGCUGCAGCUGGUGCUCAUCUCCGCCUCCAUCUUCGCCGCCGCGCUCAAGUAUUCCUUCGUCGCCGCGCUCCUGCUCUUCGUCCUCAUCGCGCUCCUGUGA